CGUUCAGUGCGGAGCUUCUGUGAAGGUGAAGGAAAGAUGGCGGCCGGACCCGGAGCGGCCAGCAGUGGUCACAGCGGUGGCCGCGGCUCUUCGGCCGCUUUGGAGUCAUCGCUUGACCGCCGAUUUCAAGGAGUAACAAACACGAUGGAGUCCAUACAGGGAUUAUCCUCGUGGUGCAUCGAGAAUAAGAAACAUCACAGUCUCAUAGUGCGCUACUGGAUGAGGUGGCUGAAGAAAUCGGAUGUCAAUCACAGACUGAAUCUCUUCUACCUCGCAAAUGAUGUCAUUCAGAACUGCAAGAGAAAAAAUGCUGUUGUUUACCGAACCACCUUUGCUGACGUUCUGCCCGACGCCGCCCUGCUGGUCAAGGAUGCUAAAGUGUCUAAGUCAGUGGACAGGAUCUUCAGUAUUUGGCAGGAGAGGAACGUUUAUCCUGAGGAGUUGAUCUCUGAGCUGAAGGCCAACCUGCAGAAGAAGGAAAAAGAGAAAGAGCAACCUGCACCUGCUCCUGCCCCAGUUAACCCCAAAACUGCCUUGAAGUCAAAAAUCGUUGCAGAGUUUGUUCCGCCUGAUUUUAUAGAGAGGUUGGCAUCACACAAGCGUUCCCUGGAGGAGAGUGAUUUGAGAGAGAAGCAGUUGGCUUCUCUAAGAGUGGACGUCUGCAGCACUGAGGCCCUCAAGAGACUGAAAGAUAAAGCAGGAGGGAAUAAAUUCUCAAAAGACUUUGAGGAAGGCAGCACAAAACUGCAGGAAUUUGUGACGUUUCUUGAGGGCCAGAUGAAGGCGGGGCCACCGCUGCUGGAUGCGCUGGGGAACGCAGACAUCUUUUAUGAAAUGCAAUAUAAAGAAGUCAAAAUUGUGGCCAACGCUUAUAAGGCUUUCGCCAAUCGUGUCUCUAGUCUGAAGCGUAAAUUGGAUGCUUUAAAAACCACACUGCCCAGUCUGGAUGACUCUCCCAUGCCGUCCCCCUCUGAGGACGCCCCGUCUCCCACCGGCUCAGAGUCGCCUUUCCACGGCAUGAGCUCCAGGAGCGGCCCUGGUACGGUAGUUGGAGACAGCAGAGUAAGAGGGUUGGAGCAGCAGAAGGACAACAUAGACAUUGAGGACAUGGACAUGUCUGAGGAAGAGGAAACUACAGCAAACACUGGAAUCAUUGUUGAUGAGAAGAAGGAGAAACUAUCUGUGAAAAUAUCUACUUCAAAGACAACAAAUGCUGAAGCCACAAAAAGUCUUCCGACUACCCCUUCCAAACAACCUCAGACUUUAGCAACUCCCACAAAGACAGUAUCUGGGUCGGUAACCAAUCAGACACCACCUGCAAAUUCCACACCCAGCACACCUGGGCCUGCCCCAGUGGUUAGCCCCUCCCCUCUGCAGGUAAACCUGGCCAAUGUGGAUCUGGGCAAGAUCAGCUCCAUUCUGAGCUCACUCUCCAAUGCAAUGAAAACAACUGGUGUCAGUCCAGUGUCUCGUCCCUCCCCUGGCACACCCACCACACCAUCCGGCCAUGCGUCCUCUUCAAAAGCCCUUCCUUCAACCCCAGGUGGCAUUCCCUCAUCCAAUCCUCUAGCAAGCAUCCUCUCUAAAGUGGAUAUUUCUCCAGGGAGCAUCUUGAAUGCUCUCACUAAAACACAGACUCACAGCUCCAACCGGCAGGGUUUAUCUUCCCUCUUUUCCUCGGCUCGUUCAGUCUCUCUAAACACCCUAGACCCUCUCCCCUCUUCAUCCACCUCAUCACCCUCUUCAUCUGCUGCUGCGACAGUGACCUCCACCACAACUACCCCAACAACACCGAAGACCCUGAAGCCCACAGGCAACAACUUCAAGCUUGAAUCUGAGCCAGAGAAAGGAAAAGAGUGGGAAAAGGUGAAAGAAAAGAAAAGAGAAAAAGAGAGAGAACAAGAAAGAAAAGAAAAAGAGAAACCAAGUGCAAGAGAGACAGCAGUCUCUGCUCCAGCAGUGCCCAGCUUGGAGUCUAAGAUCAACAGUUUUCUUCAAGGAAAUCCUGGUUUUAGCGCUCUUGGACUUGGCUUGGAUGAUGUGGGCAGCAAUAGCCCACUUCUCGUCGGUGGGGAUAACCUGGACGGCACCCCUGUCCGAGAUGAAAGCGGUAGCACCCCCACCCAAGAUGAAAUGAUGGACACGCCCCAUGUCCUCAGUGAUCCUCAGAGUGCAAGUUUACCUGGAGGUCAUGAUCUUUCACCUACAGCCUAUCACAGCGAUCCCUGGGAUGCUGUUAUCACUCCACGAGAAAAUGAGCGGAAAGACAGGGAUUACCGCACACCACCAUCCUCCAGACUUGCUGUCUUCAGCCCAAAUGCUGCUAAUCAAGUAAAGUCCACAAACAAAACCAAAGAGAACGAAGGGCUGAAGAGAAAUGUAGUGGGACUAAACCUUCCAUCAGCUUCUAUGUUGCAAGAUCAGAAAAUAAAGGAAAAGAUGGAUGGAACAGCUUCCCGCAAACCAAGUAAUGGUGAGGAUGAGAUGGAGAAGAAAGGCUGCGAUGAUAAAAAAGAGCACUACCAUCGCAUUGAGACUCUUGUUUCUCCAGCCUCCAGUGAGGGGGCACCAGUCGAGACCCUUGAUUAUGGCAACCGCAUCCAGACAGUGGAAAGCAUCCGCGUGAUCGGAAGAGGCUUGAGGAGAGGGAGCAGUUCUGGUGCUAGAGUGGGUGGAACCUGGUAUGAAGAGGAGGAGUUUUUGGAAGCAACACCUCCACAUCACUCUGACACCCAUGGCUCUGAGAGUUCUGAUGAGUUAGGAUUGGCCCCUCCUCUUCCUUCUCAUCCUCCUCCUCCUCCAUCUCAUCUUCCACCCUCAUUGCAGUACCCACCUCCACCUUAUGCUAAUAAGGACCCCAUCCGUCCUUCUCAUACUCAUGCCAUUCCUCAGCACCAUCCUCCCUCUCCAUUCUUUUCCUCUCCUUCCAUUCCUCCUAUUCCACCGCCACCACUUCCACCAAUCCCACAAGUCCCACCCCCUCCCAGAGACUUCCCCCUCUCCCCUACCUCCACCGUCAUGGUCGGUGGCAUCCUUGUACCCAUAGAUCGUGUCCUACCCUUUCCUCCUGCCAACCUCCGUCCAGAUGGAGUUGGCCAGGGGGUUGCCAGCAGUGGUAGUGUCCCUCCAAGGGGUAACAAACCCCAACUCCCUUCCUUGUUAGGAGAACCACCUCGCCCAGGUACAGUAAAAGAGCAGUUUACCCUGCGCCACGCCCCACCUCUUCAUCGCCCUGGAACCCUGGGAGUUCCCCCACCACUCCUAGGCAGAGUUCGAGAGAGCCCCACCCCACCAUCACCCUCUACCCCAACCACACCUAGUCCUCCCUCUCCAGUUGGAGAACCUCGUCCUCUCCUGUCUAUCCCCAACCACUUACCCACCAACACCCCAAAUCAGAGACCCCGCCGCCCACCCUCUCCUCAGUCCCUCCUCCACUUACCAAACCAGCAUCGCACAUUCCGUUCCCCUCACUUUCCCCGAGGGUCGUUGCCCCUUCCACAGUCCUCUCUUAACCGUGAUUCCCUCCUGCCAGGGGGAAAGCGUCCUGCAGCCAAUUUCAAUAGUGGCCCUUUUAACCCAUCUAAAAGACCGUACUUGCCCCAUCGUUAUUAGUGGCUUA